AUGACGGAAGCAGACCUACCGGAGGAGAUUAUAGAGAACAUAAUAUCUAGGCUGCCGGUGAAAUCGUUGCUCCGGUUCACCUCCGUCUCAAAGCGGUGGCGUUCUAUCAUAUUAUUCGACACGCAUUUCGCAAAUCAGUUUCAGAGGAACAAAACCCUCACUCGCAGAGUGCUAGUCUACUCGCCCGCAAUCGAUCGUAGAGACUAUCGUCGGCUGGAAUCGCUGGACUUGGAAACGUCAUCGAUUAGAAGCCUGAAUUUCUCUUUCCGCCAGCAACCGGGUUAUUCAGCCACCCUACUCGGCUCCUGCAAUGGUCUCGUAUUUAUAGCUUAUCACAAUGUUGUCUUCGCCUAUAACCCAUCAACUGGAUUCGUAAAGGAGUUACCUCUCCCAGAUUAUUCCAAGAAGUUUUGGCUAGGGCCUUUUGGUGCUGGAUAUUUACCUGCGACGGAUGACUAUAAAGUUUUUGUGAUCUAUGAUCCGAAGGGGAUGGGAGAUGUAAGGUUGUGCGAGAUGAUCUCAUUGAAAUAUCAGAUUUGGAGAAGUAUUGACGGACCUGAGGAUUGUGACAUCUAUGAGCGGAGGGGGACUCUUGUCAAUGAGGCACUUCAUUGGGUUGGGACGCGAAGGACGCGAAUCACAGAUGAAAUAAUUGCUUUUGAUUUGGCUAUGGAGGAGUUUCGGAAAAUGAAGAUGCCUAAUUUCCGCCAAGAUGGGAAGCAUGGAAACAAGUUCUUGGGUUGCCUUGGAGGAUGCCUGUGUCUGUUGCGUUGUCCAGCUUAUGAAUAUUCUCAUUCGGUUGAUUUUGAUUUUUGGGUCAUGAGAGAAUAUCAGGUGACUGAGUCGUGGACUAAGCUCUAUCACUUGAGGUUUACAAAUCCGCAAGGCAGAUUGCAAAUGUGGCCAGUCCUGAUUACGGAGAACUAUACAGUUUCCACAAUAUGUACUGGCAAUGAGAAAAGGGUAAUAAGGAUCUCUCAUAAACAACAAGAAGAAGAGUCUAGUUUUGAUAUACUUGACGGCGGUCGUUGGUAUGGCGUAAUUGAAUAUGAAGAGAGCCUAGUUUCGAUUGGUGGCUAA